AUGGAUGACUCGGAUCAAGACUUUUCUGACCUCUGCUCUCGACUAUUGAAGAGAGUGCGUCGAAAAGGAGGAGACUCUGAGGAUGACAAGAAGACAGUUACAAAGGUCGAUGAAACUCGCUCUCGCGUCCACAGCACCGCUUCUGCGAUAUCCCAAAGCAAUAAUGUCCCCAAAAAGAAAAGGAAGAAGAGGGAUGCGGGCACGGAGCGUAUGAAGUGUACAGAGGACCACACAAGUCAACUUGUCGUCUUGACCAAUGGUGUUUCUCAGCCAGUUGGUACCGUUCAGACCAAUGGUGUUUCUCAGCCAGUUGGUACCGUUCAGACCAAUGGUGUUUCUCAGCCAGUUGGUACCGUUCAGACCAAUGGUGUUUCUCAGCUAGUUGGUACCGUUCAAAAUGAUCAUAAGAGUGUUAAGGAGCCUGAAAAGGCAGUUAUGGAGCUUUCGGGGGUGAAAAAGAGCGUGAAGGAGAAAGUGCUCAGCAGAAUGCAACAGUUCAGAAGAGCGAGUCCACAGAGGAUGUCACACAGCGAGAUUAAGCAGCCUGAAGAGACAGGCCCUCAUGGGGAUGGAGCGAGUACAUCUGUAGCAGUAAACCAAGUCCCCAUUAAGGACCUUGAAGGGGAUGAGGCACUGGCCCUAAAACUGCAGCAGGAGCUUGACAGGGAGGCUGAGGCAUUGGCACAGAGACAGGCUGAUGUGGAUGUGGGGGACUUUUCCUGUCAGCUCUGUCAAAAGGACCUAUCAGCACUGACUCCUCAGCUCCGCACGGAGCACAUUAACAGGUGUCUGGAUGACAGUGAGGACAGCGCCUCGGGACGCCCUCAGAAGCCGCGCAUCCCAGAAUGCCCCAUCUGUGGGAAGGGUUUCAAGUCCGAGAGAAGUCGCACUGCCCAUUUGAAGCGCUGCUCAGCUGACAUGGGCGUCCCCCCUGCCGCGCUGUUGCAGGCACUGCAGAGACAGGCCACUGAGACCGGGAGUGACCAUCCAGUUAACCAGCCUCCCCAAACUGGAGGUGUCAAGAGAAAAGGCCCACCAGACCCUGGUCUCCCUGCCAGGAAGAAGCACAGGAAAAAGAACCAGCCAAUGGACGAAGACACCAUGGUGGCCCUGGCCCUGUCCCGGUCUCUGCUGGAUCAAGAGAUAGAAAAAGAGAAGGAGCAACUGAGAGAGAAGGAGAUGGAGCGAGAAAUAAAGGCUCAGCUCACAGGUGCCUCCGCAGCUGUGGGGUCGCUGUUACAGUGGAGACCUGGCGCAGGUAAGGGUCGAGGGAAACGGAAGAAGGGCGCUCCCGCUCUGCCCCCUCCGCUGCUUCUGAUACAGGAUGCUCAGGCAGCCCUGAACCGCCUGCAGGAACGAGUAUCAACCCUCCUGCUCCGGCCAAGGCCGCCGUCUCCUCCUAGCCCCACCCUCAGCCCUUGCACGCUCUCUGAUUGGACAGGGGCUGCGCCACUCUGGCUAAAGAGUGCACUGCCCAAUGGGGGACCAGAGUCUAUCUCUGAGUUCUAUACUCCUGAACUUGGUGCUUUUAUUCAGCCCUGGACAGGCACUGAGAAAGAGAGGCUGAAAUCAGCUGUGGAAACGCCUACGAACCGCACUGCUGCAGGUCCCCCCUCAGGCAUUGCCGUGGAUGAGCCAGCCCCUCACACUCCUGUGUCUCAGAAACUCAUUUCAGUCCUGCCCCAGACGGCCUCCUCACGCGGUUCUCUCAACCUGGACACCCAGGCCAUGCAGGAUGUGCUGGAGCUGGCCGAGGAGGGCAUGACCCUCACGCAGUGGGGUAACACAGGCAACCAGACCAAAGAACAGACUUCAGAUAAAGAUUCUGAUGUGGCUGACCUGCCUCUGAGUGGUUUUGUUCCUGAAGCCACAGAGACCGAUAAGAAGAGACGGGAUAAGAGCAUGGUAUCCCUGUCCAGACUGGCGUCUGAUCUGAGCAGUAUGGUGAAUAACCCCCAGCUGAGUGAUGUCCAGUUUCAGGUGGACAGUGGAGAUGUGUUCUUCGCCCAUUCAUUUAUGCUAUAUGCACGCUGCCCCCUGCUGGUUGAGUUUGUCCAUGAAUCUGGCUUUGGCGUACAGGAAGAGGGCAUGCCCGCUGCACAGAGAGUGUUACUGGCAGAGGUGCCCGCUGGGGCUGUGCGUGCCCUGCUGCAGUAUCUGUACACUGACUGCUGCCCACUCACGCCGCCACUGCUCCCCCACGUACAGGAACUGGCCGGCAGGUUUGACCUGACUGAGCUGCAGCGGCAGUGCCAGCACUACUCUGAGAAGAGUCAGGCAGAACUGGAGGCUGAGGCAGGGGUGUGGGGAGACACCCUCGCUGAAGAACCCCAGAGUGGGGAAGAGGAAGAUGACAAAGGCCUGGCAGAGAGCAAGUUCCUGGAGCUGCUUCGAUCCAUGUGGCACCAGGAGGACAGCGAAGAGGAGGAUGAGUUAAUAGAAGGUGGGGUUGAGGAAAAAAGAAUGGAUGAAGAAGAAGAAGAAAAUGGGGAUGAUGGAGAGACCAAGGAGGAGAGAGUGAAUGAAGAUGAACUUGAAGAAAUUUAUGAGUUUGCUGCUACUCAGAGGAAGAUGGAGACAAUCGUGGAGACGGGGACUGAAACUGGAGAGGAAGAUGAAGAGGAAAAGGAGGAAGAGAAAGGAAUAGAUAUAUGCCUUGAAUCAGAAAAACAACAAGAUGUGAAAAGAAAUGAAGAGGGAAUUAGUGUGUCACGGAGAGAAGAAUCAAAGGCUGAUGAGGUACCCUGUAAUGUCGAAGCCAAUAAUCACCAUAGUAACAAACCCAGAUAUGAGGACAGAGAUAUCAUGGGGGAACAACAAAUCCAGAGUUCAAACACAGAGGAGCUUAAUGCACAUUUGACUCCAGUAUCAAGCGUUCAGCCAUGUCCAAAGAGAAGCACAGAUCCUUCCCUGGAAAGGAGCUACAGUCGACUUUUCUCUGAGUCCUGGGGUGACUAUGUGGAGCCUUCGCCAACCCCAAAAUCAUCAUCCGAACCUUCACAAACCGGACUCAAAACAAUAAUCUCUCGGAGGUCAUCUGUCCCUAGUCGACAGUGCUCAGUUAGUGAGGUCAUUGAUCUGUCCAUCAGCCCACCAGUGGCCUCCAGUGAAAGUAUGUCUUCACUCCCCAUCCCUGGUCUGUCUCCAGAGACAGGCAAAGAAAAGGAGGCCCAGGAACUGAGCAGAACUGAAAGACAGUGCUGUAGGAGAGAGAGCCAAGGUCCUUAUUCUAUUACUGAACCCUGUUCACCUCCACUUCACCACAGCAAGGAGCCAGAACUUAUCGUCCUCUCUGACUCAUCCGGCGAUGAGAUGAACGUAGAUCCUCCCACCAAAACCAUGAGUUCUCCUGCAAAGCUCAUCUUAUGCAGUUCCCCCUCUUUUCCUCAUCUGCAAACUUCUCGGAACCCCAAAAUUUACACUUGCAUCAAAGCCAAAUCCGGCGAAGAGAACAGUCCCCCACCAAAUAGAUUAGUCAAAACUGGCACAGCAGUGGAUACUAAACACAGCUCCUCUGAUCAUAUUCCUUUAAAUUCAGAGCGGCUUAUUUCUGAAUUUUCCAAAUCAGAACACGAGACUGACCGUACCAGUGACCAGAGCUUGAUGGAUGGCUCUGCAGAAGUGUCCUGGUUAAUCCCAGCGACACCUGUGCUGUCCACACGCACCGGUUCCAUCCAGACCUACAGAAACAUACGUCGCACUCAACUCUUUCCCAAACCUAAGUCUUCUGCUUCUUCCUCAUCCUCAGCUAGUUCCAACAUCAGUAAGAUGUGCAGUAGCUCUGCUCAAACAGAGAGCACCUCCUUCAAGGGGAGAUCAGCCAUCUCAAGCCAAAGUAGCACUUGUCAAGCUUUGGGUAAUAGUCCACCUCAAGCACAUUUAAGUUCAUCAGAUCCCAGCACUCAUGGACACUCUCCUGUUUUCCAAGUACCUUCUUAUCAUCCGAAAUUGCCCCAAAUACCAUCCCGUCACUCCCUCAAGUCCUCCAUAACUACACCAGACCUACAAAAUGUCCAGCAGCCCACUAGUAGCACUCCCUUGCACUCAGUUGUACCUCUAAAGCUCCAGAACCCCCUGAGUUCACCUCUGCUAAGUGACACUGAGCAGCGGCAUCAGUCAAGAAGGGAUUGUGUAGCCGGCAGCUCCUCUGGCAGCCCAGGGAAACUACGUUUGAUCCUCUCUGAUAACUCUCCAUCUUCUCCCCAAACCUCCAACACCAGGCAGAAUGUUAACAAAUCUUCAGCCCAGCGUUGGUCCUCAACUGAGAGAAAUGAUCUCUUGGAAACAUCUUGCGAUUCUCUUAAGAAAGCCAGGAGGAGUGCAGAAGAAACGGAGAUAAGAAAAGAUGAUAAGGAGGAGACGAGAACCAAGGACAACAAAGAGAGAAGUGGGGAAGAAACUGGAGCAGGAGAGAAGUCAUGUGCUCAAGCCAGUUUUUAUGCUUUUGAUGAACCGCCCAUGGCGUUUGAUGACUCGUGGGGUCUGGGCGGCGGCGCAGUGGAGCAGGGGCCGCGUUUCAGUCUGAGAUUGGAGAGCAGUGACCAGGGAGACAGUCCCAAGCCUAAGAGUCAGAGGGGGGGCGACACAGCACCCCCCGUGUCCCGCCGUCUGUCCCAGCCAUCUCCUCAAAACAUCAUCAAGUCUGAUGUCCAACUUAACAAAAGUCUGCUUGACCCUAAGGUCUGGGAUGACUGGGAGGAGGAGGAUGAGGAAGAAGAGGCCGCUCUUCCUCUUUCCCAGAGGUUAGGUACUGUGGCUCCUGCCCAGAGAGUGGCUCAGCUAAAGACGCCAGUGGCAAGGGCCAAGAAGGGCCAGGCGCCAUUGGUGCCCAUCACCCCCAUGCCAGGCUACUCAGACAUGGACACACCAGAGCUAAAGAACAGACUCAACAGAUUUGGGGUACGUCCUUUGCCUAAGAAGCAGAUGGUUCUGAAGCUGAAAGAGAUCCAUCAGUACACUCAUCAGCUCGUGAGCUCAGACUCAGACGACGAGGUCUUCGCUCAGACUCGCCCCAGAUCUUUCUCCCAGCCUGCCUCCGUGUCCUGCGCCAGUUCACUGGCCUUCAAACAGCCUACAGCGCCCUCUGCUGUCUCCCCCAGGAAACAACACCCCAACGAGGACUCGGAAUCUCUGUCUGCCUCCCAGGCUUCCAACACCUCCUCUACAGCAGCCAGUGAGGAAUCAGAAAGAUCCAACCCUGAGCUGUGUCUGUCAGAUGACGAUGACUCAGACAGUGAAGGUAUUACAGCGUCUCAGGCCGUCACGCGACACAAGGACAAGCUGCUUGCAGUGCGUCAUUUCAUCCUCUCAGAUCCAGACCUUUAUGGACGCAUCCUUCAGUACCAGCCUCUGGUACUGGCAGAGCUACAGGGCCGCCUGAAGGCGGCGGGCAUCCGCCUGGGUGCGUCCAAGCUGCUCGACUUUCUGGACUCUCAGUGCAUCACCUUCACCACUGCCAAACCAGGACACGCCGCUCCAUCACGCACCAGAAGACGGGGCAAAGGGUCGGCCAGCACGUCCAGUCGGGGUGGAAGAGGCAGGAGGAAAGUAGCGAGAAAGCUCACAGAGUGAACUCCCAACAGAAUGGGUCCAGCACAGGAGUAGGCAGGAGACUCAAGAGAUGAAAUUGCAGUAGUGA